AUGCUCCUCAAGGUCAUGCAGGAGCAUACCAACCUGUCCACUCUGUGCGGCUUCAAGGGAGACGAGACUAGCAUCGACUUCUGUAACGAGGGCCUCCUCCCAGUGGAUGCGAUGCUGAUUGCGCCUGAGAUCCGCGUCAUGGCCUCGCUGACCUCCGCAGAUUUCAGCCAAAACCAGCUGGGACCCGAGGGCGUUAAAGCACUCGCGCCAGCGCUGGCUGCCAGCGCCUCGCUGACGAGCGUGUCGCUCGCUGACAACCGGCUGUGCGGCGUGGACGGGGAUGGAAACGGCACCUACGAUGCGACCGGCAUCAAAGCCAUCGCUGAUGCCCUGCGCGUCAACGCCUCGCUGACGAGCUUGAGCCUUCGCGAAAACAACAUCAAGGGCACGGGCGAGGCGCUUUGGGAGGCCCUCAAGAACAACUCGUGUAUCAAGACGCUCGAUCUGUGCCUUUGCAGUCUCGGGCCAGAGGACGGGACGGGCCUGGCUGGCGGCAUUGCCGUCAGCGCCUCCCUGACGGAGGUUUACAUCUGCGGCAACAACAUCAGGAACGGUGGGGCAGAAGCAAUUGCUAAUGCUCUCAAAGCCAACGACUCGUGCGUGCUCAAGAAACUGGCGGUAGACCUUGGUCUUGAGGACCAUGAGGGCCUCAAAUCAGCCUGCCAGCUCCGAGGAGUGGAGCUCGAAGGAGUGGAGUAAAGCAUACAAGUCGGGCGAGAACUGAUGGGUAUGUUUUCACGUUUUUACAAACUGCUCUGCGU